AUUGCACAUAUUUAUUACCAAUAAAAAAAAAUACAUGUUGUGCUAAAAUGAAAGUAAAAUCAAGCUUACUCUACAAUUUAUUGGUUUUACAUAUAAGCCAAGCAAUAUCGGUGAAUUCUCUAGUGCGAUUAAAAUGCAAUGCCUGUGAACCACAUCCUGAAAAAUGUUGCAUAGGUACGGCGUUUUUAACAAAUUUGAUUUUAACUACAUCGUUUUGUGCUUUGUCCUGUCAAUAUGUCAAAGAUAGACUUCAAAUUGUCAAAGCUAUACAAGUAUUUGUAAACAGAGAAAUUAAUAAUUUUAAACGAAAAAGAUAUUUCCCGGAGCAGAGUAGCGUCGGUUUGGUUCUUACAAACAAGAACAGGACGAGAAAAAUAAAAUGCUUACGCCUUAGUGGCCUAGAAUUGACAUCGGCUAUCGGUUUAAAAGCAUUAAUUCCUAUAUUAGAUCCAGUAAAACCACGAUUGCAAGUUACAAUCAUAACUAAAUGUGAAAAAAUGUUCCAAGGAUUAAAUGUUUGUGCUUCCAAAAGGCCAUCUCAAGGCAUCGUUUGCCAUCAAGAACAAGGUAUACCUUUAAUUGUAGUAGGAAGAGUGAUAGGAAUAACAGCACAAAUUGAGCCAUAUAAAUGCAGAGAUUUACAAACUACAUUCUUGGCAUUAGAACCAUACCACAACUGGAUUCAAUCUGUCGUUAGUAAUGUCAAAUUUAAUAAUACAGAAAUGUAUGGGGUGUUAAAUAAAAACAAUAAGGGACAUGAAGAACCACUACAUACAGUAAACCCAAAGCUAUAUUACUUCAGAACAGGACUAGAAAAUAUUUUAACAAACGGCACUAAACAAACAUUCGAAUCGCAUAAUGAUAUAAAAGAUAUUGUAACAACUUUAUCUGAAAACACUGAAACUGUGUUAAGGACAGUGCAUAAGUCUCAAACUUCACAGCUUCACACAGAGGUCCUAAAAGAAUCCGAACUCAAAAAUAAACUAACAUCGAUGAAUAAUAAAAAUAGUUUCAAAUCUACCACAUCAAUUACUACGAAGCUAACAAAAGUUGCUCCAACAAAACCCGAUGGUCGUACUGCAAUUACAGCUAAUCUCGAUGUUUUAACUGCGGAAACUACCACUUGGCCCCCCAAAAUGUUUGAAACGUCUGCCUUAUCUACAGCGGCAAGUAAUAAAGAAGUAAGAGUCGAACUUUUAACAACAAACGUUAUGCAGUGGUUCAGAGAAAAAAUGAAAAAAAAACUCGAAAAAGAUUCUCCUCCCAUUUUAAUACUUACAACAUCACGAUCAGAGUAUUAUUUUGAACCAACACCUUUUAAAGAUCUCACAUAGUUCAGUACUGCCUGUUAUACAUUAUCAUAGAUCCCGUGGAUAAGACCUCUGGAUAAUAUUACUUAAACAAAAAAUCAAAAUGGGUUCCAAAGUCAUGAUUAUAAAAUCAGGCUGAAUAAUAAAUAGUAUGAAGGUACCUAACUACUUUUUAUUUAUUUUAUUUUGGAAAACAGCAUUGGUGAUAUUGAUGCCAUAAAUUGAUUCGUGUG